AUGACCAGUGGAAUAUUUCGAUAUUUGCGGUUGGUUUUAAUUAUUGUUAUAUCGGGUAUAUUAUUUCAAAUUUUAAUGACUUUUUCUUAUUCAAAAUUGCAAAAUGGCGUGACUGUUGCCUACUCAGAUCCUCCUGUUCGAGGAAUCAUUGCCACAUUGAUUCGCAGUACUAAUCAUUCCAUCUCUCUCACAAUCAAUAUGAUGCACUCUUUUCUCUAUUUCCAUCGAAUCAAUGGUAGUUAUUCAUAUCCAUUUCUCAUAUUUCAUGAUGAAAAUUUCACUUCAAUAAUGCGUCAACAAAUACUAUCAUGUGUACUAAGACGAAACAAACACAUAAAGAUUUCAUUUGCUCCUGUUAGUUUUAACACGGAAGUCACAAUAAAUCCUGGCUCGCCUGUUCAUAAACCAAUUGGAUAUCGUUUAAUGUGUCGAUUUUGGACUUAUGAUGUAUUUUAUCAUCCUGCAAUCCUUCAAGGAAAAUAUGAUUAUAUAAUGAGAAUGGACGAUGAUUCAUACUUAUCGGAUGUAGUUGGCAGUGAUAUUUUUCUUCGUGUGAAGAAUCAAAGACUAGAUUAUGCUUAUCGAACUACGUAUUGGGAAAACACGCCGGCGAUGAAUCCCAUCGUGCAACGUUUCAUCAAUGGAACAGGCUUUCAACCUGGCUGUAUUUAUAAUAAUUUCUUUGUCAUGCGUUUGAAAUGGUUUUAUGAAUCGAAACGAAUCCAUAGUUUUAUUCGAGAAUUGAUGCAAAAUAAUUUAAUGCUUCGAGAAUAUAUUGGUGAUGGGUGUGUUCAUGCGGUUAUGCUACAGUUGGAGAAUGGUGGGAAAAUAGAACGUCUUAGUAACAUCCCAUACGGACAUAAUUUUCAUCUACUGCCACCAGGACAUCAACAAGCGACAUACAUGGGUGUCAAUGCGUUUUAUGACGAGAUGAAUCAAUCAUGUCAUAAGUUUACUAUACUUAGAGGUGAUAAAGGCCAACUGAUACGAAUAAAAUUAUCCUAA